UUUAUUCAUAAUCCUCAUGCCCGUGGCCAGCAUGUAAGUGCAAAUCGUAUGAUGCAAAGCAGCCAGGAUUCAGAUAUUUCUCUUCUCAACAUUAACCAGGGUGUCAGCUGCCUAACAGCCGGAGUGCUGAAUCCCCAGCUUGGCUAUGAUUGUCUUCUAGUUGGAACACAGACUAACUUGUUGGCUUACGAUGUGUACAACAACUCGGAUUUGUUUUACAGAGAGGUUACAGAUGGAGCUAAUGCGAUAGUGCUUGGAAUGCUAGGAGAUAUUUCAUCUCCUCUUGCUAUUAUUGGUGGAAACUGUGCUCUGCAGGGCUUUGAUCAUGAAGGAAAUGAUCUUUUUUGGACGGUUACUGGGGACAAUGUUCGUUCAUUAGCAUUGUGUGAUUUCGAUGGUGAUGGGAAAAAAGAGCUUCUUGUUGGGUCUGAGGAUUUUGACAUCAGGGUUUUUAAAGAAGAUGAGAUUGUGGCAGAAAUGUCCGAAACAGAGACUAUCACUGCACUGAGCCCCAUGUAUGGCAGUCGAUUUGGCUAUGCCCUAUCCAAUGGUACAGUAGGAGUUUAUGACAAGACAGCCCGCUACUGGAGGAUUAAAUCUAAAAAUCAUGCAAUGAGCAUACAUGCAUUUGACCUUAACUCUGAUGGAGUAUGUGAAUUGAUUACUGGAUGGUCCAAUGGGAAGGUUGACGCACGCAGUGACCGAACUGGGGAGGUCAUCUUUAAGGACAACUUUGCUUCCUCAAUUGCAGGAGUGGUAGAGGGGGAUUAUAGAAUGGAUGGUAACACCCAGUUAAUCUGCUGUUCAGUUGAUGGUGAAGUACGUGGCUACCUGCCAGGAAGCCAGGAGAUGAAAGGAAACUUGAUGGAUACCAGUGUGGAACAGGAUCUGAUUCGGGAGCUUAGUCAAAAGAAACAAAAUCUGCUGCUGGAAUUACGAAACUAUGAGGAAAACUCAAAGCAGGCUGAACUGAGCGCUCAGGUGAACGAAGCUGACGGGCAGAGGGGAGUGAUUCCAGCUAACACCCAGCUGCAGACAGCCCUGUCAGUGAACCUGGGCUCUGACAGUCAGGCUGCCCACGUAGAGUUGUGUAUUUCCACAUCUAAUGACACAAUGAUCCGAGCCGUGCUGAUCUUUGCUGAAGGGAUAUUUGAAGGCGAGAGCCAUGUGGUUCAUCCCAGUCUCCAGAACCUCUCGGGUCGCAUUCAGGUUCCCCUUACUCCUCCCAAAGAUGUCCCUGUGGAUUUACACAUCAAAGCCUUUGUGGGUUACAGAAGCAGCACACAGUUCCAUGUCUUUGAACUGACAAGACAGCUACCCCGCUUUUCAAUGUAUGCUUUGAGCAGCCCCGACUCGGCCCCUGAACCUCUAAGCUUUGUUAACUUUACCAUCAGUGAGAGGGUACAAAGGGUUGUCAUGUGGUUGAACCAGAGCUUUCUGUUACCAGAGGAUGCAGAGCUCCAAAGCGCACCUUUUCAAGUCUGUUUCACUUCCCUGCGUGAUGCAGGACAGCUGUGCAUAAAAAUCAAACCCAAUGGGGAGAUUUCUAUCAGCACGGAUGAUAUAGAUCUAGCCGGUGACAUUAUCCAGUCAAUGGCCUCCUUCUUGGCAAUUGAAGACUUGCAGGUGGAAGCAGAUUUCCCUGCGUACUUUGAGGAGUUGCGGAAAGUGCUAGUUAAGGUGGAUGAAUUUCAUACAGUCCAUCAGAAACUCACUGCCGACAUGGCGGACCACUCCAACCUUAUCCGCAGUAUGUUGGUACGAGCAGAAGAUUCACGCCUCAUGGGAGACAUGAGAAAUAUGAAGAAACGGUACAUGGAACUCUAUGAUCUUAACAGAGAUUUACUUAAUGAGUAUAAAAUUCGCUGCACCAACCACACCGAGCUGUUAAACAAUCUCAAGUCCGUAAAUCAAGCUAUCCAGCGAGCGGGGCAGCUGCGUGUUGGGAAACCCAAGACGCAGGUGAUCACUGCGUGCCGGGAUGCCAUUAGAAACAACAACCUAAAUAUGCUCUUCAGGAUAAUGCGAGUGGGGACUGCAUCCUCGUAAAAGGGGAAUAGUGACUGCCUGGCGAUGGUACUUCCUUACACCAGGUGAUCCUAGACAAAUGAACAGAUGUAUAGGAGCAGAUCCCCUGUAGUACUUUGUUUCCGACUGUUCCCCAAGUAAGCCGUUGGGAGACAAAGGCAGGGAACUUGAUGUGUAGCAAUGUAAAGGUACCAAUACUGAGAAGCAGUUAUAUCAGCCUGCAGCCCCACUAUAGAAUGAAGUAAAUGGAAAGAUAGUCCGCUUUUUUUUAAAGUAAGCCAUCAGUUGGGAUAUGCUACUUUGGAGGCUAAAGGAUAGGAAAAUCUAUGGAGAAAGGCUCAGAGUUUUAAAGUGCAGAUGUGGUAUUUAUGUAAGUCACUCAAGACACUUGUAUAGUCCUGGAAUAGUUAUUUUUCUUACUGUAACUUAUUUAUGGAAUUUAAUAUAUUUUGCAGUUAUGGUAUCAGCUUUUCCAUUAAAAAAACAGAACUGUCAGACUUUCGCAGUAUGUGUGUUCAGUUGAAGAGAUGCAGAGUUAUUUUUGUUACUUAUUUUAUGUUCAUGAAACACAUUUCAGGUUUUGCUCUAUAAUUGUCAGGUAUUUUGAUCACAGAAUAUACCAAGCAAGAGGCAUGUCUAUUAAUACACUACCCUUUCAGCUCAAAAACCUUGAGUUCAGAGUGGGUCUAAACCAAAACCUUGGCUCCUAAGGCACCCUUACUUUGGGGUAUUCGAGAUCCAUAACUGAUUUGUGCAGUUUGCUCCUACCCCUAGUUAUCAGCUGCUGACCUGUGCAGCACAGAGCUGCUCUAUGUCAGUGAAUCCCUGGUUUCAGCCGCUCCUUUCAGGACAGGUCUCACUGGGAAGGCCAGGUGGGAGAGGUGAGGUGAGGAGUCACUGCAGGCAGAAGUCCCAACUACAGCACCCCUUGCUGGCUUUAUAAAAAACAAGGAAAUUAACCAGUUCCUAGGUUCCAUGAAGCUAGGAAUUGGUCAGUUUUCUAAAGUUAACACUUGAGCCUCACUUUGCUUGGUGGAAAUUCCACCUCCAACUAUUCAUUCUCUGCAACUGCUGGAUAAAAGAGCACAUGCUGAGUGGGUGGGGGCAUGUAUUUUAUGAAGGAGCAAACUGAUCCUUGGUAGUAGCACGUGCAGGAAUAAAAAGGGGAGCAGGGAGAAGUAUCUAGGUACAAGAGGUAGGGAGAAAAAUCUCUUGGACUCUGGCACAAAGAACUGUCAGAAGAAACAGUAUUUUGGGCCAGUAUUAGUUAAAGGUGGGUUUAAAUAAUGCAGUAGGAUGGUGGAUUGGAGUGUAAAUUUUUAUGCCAAAGCGGAUUUCUCCUAUGAGCUAAAACAGUUAAUUGAUGUGCCUGACCUGAAUUGCAUCCUCAGGAUCUGUUUCCUCAUGCUGCUUCAGCAAGCCUCUUCCCUGUGUAAUUAUCAGUACCUGCAUACAACAGGGCAGGGAGAGAGGUGUCCCUUAUCUCUGUGGGGUUAUAUGCGCACCUGGAAGGGGAUUCUUGGAUAGCUCCUCUGUAACUAACAGGCUUCUUAUGCAAGCUCUGAAAUAGAGACAAUGGUGCAUCAUCCACCAUGGGGAGGCUAGGGAGCCCAUAGCUGGCUAAAAAGGAAAUUAAUUCUUGAAAUCUGUUUUAAUCCUGAGAACGGCCCCUGUCAUUAAUACAUCCCCCUCAGUAUGAAUUGUGCUGGCAAACACAAAUCUGCCAUUUCUGAUUAACAGGGUCUAAUGAGCCACCCAUUCCAUUCUGGGUUGGUGAAUUUUAAAACUUUAUUAUGGAGCAAUCUCUAGGGUUAAUAAGUCUUGGGAGCUCCGCCAGCCACUGUAUUUGGAGGAAAAGAUUCCCAUAGCUCCAAUCUCACUUCUCUUGUUCUACUUGCCAAUUCCUCAUGCUUGAUUAGUUUUAUAGUGAGUGCAGUUUGUUCAACAGCUAGACAGUGGCUUUGAGCAGAAGGCAGACCAUGUUGUUGUAGCCAGACAUGCUGAUUAUCAAAGCUACAUACCAUGCACUUUCACCCCAUCCUGCCUCCAUUUUUGUAUCUGUGGGCAAGCUGUAUUCCCGUAGCAUUGUCAGUUCCUCAGUACUAAUAGUCCAGAUCUGUACCUUGGCCAAUUCCCCACCUGUAUUUGGUACGAAGACAGGAGAUUUGAUACUUGCUGUAAGAACAUAUUUUGAACUCCUCUUGCCUAACAUCUCUUAUCCUAAAGGAUGAGCCAAGCUAUGCAGCACCGAAAUAAAGCGACUCAGCUGGCAUGCCGAAGUAGGCAACAGGUCAAGAUAAGAAGAGCAGCGUUCAGUGGAACCUGCAGUGACCUCCAGGAAUUCAUAAUGCUAGAAUGACACACUGGUCACUACAUGCACGUGUGUGUGAACCUAUUAAACUGUACUGUGGCUUCGUAACUGCACAAGGGACUAGCACUUCUCCACACCCCAACCUACAUUCCACCCCCAUAUGAGAGAACUCUUGGGAAAAACCUGGCAAGCUUGUCUUUAGAGCACAAAUGUUUCUCCCCCCCCCACACACUCUCAUACAGAAACCUGAUGAGAAAUUGCACCAGAACCAGUGCCCUCUUAACAGGAACAUCUACGCACGAGUGAUUUUUCAGUGUCUCCAGUUAAGUUUCAGCUUGGGGGAAGUAAUUAGAACUGACAAUUGACAAAAGGUCAUUCAGUUCCAGUACUGACUUCUCCAAGUCUGAGGAUGCUGUGCUAUCUUAUUCCUCGUUUCAAUCAGGAAGAGAUGUAAAAUCAGACACCCACUAUGAUGUGUGUAUGAAUGAGGAUUGUUUGUUUUUUUUAAGUCUCCUUCACUCUAGGCUAUAGCUACUUUGCUCUGUCUUGCUCCAUAACAAAGUGGUCCUUUUGUUGUCAGCUACUUGACAAAACUGCUUCCAUCUAGUACAAAUGAAAUUGCUGCACUGCCAAUGCUUGAAUUACCCAGAAGCCUGGUUGUAUGUUUCUCGUGUCAAAUGCUGGACUCUUGUCUCUUCUGCAGUGGAGGAAUCUGGUGAGGAGCCUGAAUGUCCUCUUAGAAUCAUUAGUCUGAGCAAUUUAAAUGUUGCAUAAUGGUUUAUUGCCUGGUAUGUAUCCCUUCACUGCAGCUCACAGCAUGUCCCACUUUGUUCAUGUAACUGCUAGUCACUUGCAUCUUUUGUUCUUCCUCUGUGUCACUCUUCCUACUCCCUUCUGGGGCAUGGGUACGUUUCACAUUGAUGGUAUCUUUCUUCUGAGGAUCAGUGCAUGUUACAAGCAGGGCCAAUUUGAACUACCUUGCCAGAAUUUCAGUAUCAGAAAACAGAGCCUGUAGCUAGGGAUAGUUGCUGUAUAGUCUUUGUCAAGAUUAAACAAAAUGUUUUUUUUAUUUAAACAUGAGCUAAUGUGAUUUAAAACACCACUUAGAAAAUCCUGUAUACAGUAAAUGCCAAGUGCCUGCCUCCUGCAUUUCAAGUAAUCUUGGGACUUGUUCUUUCCAGCACACAGCUUUCCACCCCAAGGCCCAGCUUACAGGGAGCAAGGGGAGCUGUUGAUUUUGAGCUCCCUCAGUGCCAGUUGUUUCUAAAGUUAUUUUAUGCCAUACAGCUGAGACGCACCGAUAUUUCAUAGAGCACAGAGGUUAGUCUAUCUAGUACAGCCCUUGGAGGCUUGUUUCCCUCCACUGCAUUAUCUAGGCUGGUUUCACACAGGUUCAGCUUCUAGCCUAUCCUUUGGGAGGCUAUUCCACAGACUGCUGGAACUCAGCCUUAGGAGAAAGUAGUUGUUACACAGAAUAAUCAGCCUUUCACUUCUAUUUCCAAUGCCUGGCUGCAGUCUAAACCUUUCCUUGUACUCUGGGUGCUUGCAGCCCUCACAUCCUUGUAGGUGAUGAUGUGCUUCUCCCUUGUAUUUUAAGCCACCUGAUCAACUUUCCUUUUAUGCAUGGAAAAUUGCACUGCACAGUAGUUUCAGCUUUGGCAUCUCAAAGACUGGACAGAAUCUAUUUCUCAAGGAUAACUAUAGACCAGGAAGUGAUAUCCAACACGGAAGAAAUGCAGUUUGGCUUGGCAUUUAACCUAAAGUACCCAUUCAAGAUUUGGAAAGUGUCCUGGCCUCUAUUAGGAUUUGUUUCUAGUUUUAUACUCAUCACAACUGGCUUAAAACAGCACCAUGGUUUAAAUGUUCAAACCAGCUGAGAAAGCCUUUUGGAUUAUUUUUUUCUAAAAGAUCUGCUAUAGGAAUUAUUUGGGGGAAGUUCUCUUGCCUGUGUUAUACAGGGGGCCAGACUAGAUGAUCACAAUGGUCCUUUCUGGCCUUGGAAUCUAUGAAACCAGUCUCUGCCUUGCACAGAGAAACCAGAUCAUGAAAGCAAGUUAGUUAAUUACACGAAGCUCUGGCUAAAGCUAGAUCAUGUGCAGAGAGCAAACUGCUCGUUGUGCUCCAGCACUUCGCCAUUUCUGAGCCCAAUAACAGUCCUGGGUUACAUACGCCGAGGAAGUCACAGAUCUCCACAGAAACUGGGGGGUUGGGGGGUAGCAGGCUCCCUCCCCAUGCUGCUUCAUCCCACACCGAGUCGGUAUGCGAAGGCAUGGACGUGCAUGUUUCUCUCCCACCCCAGCUCAAGCCCAGGGGCUCUAUUCCAUGGCUUAGAUGGAUUUGCAAAGGCAUUAAUUGCAGCAAAAGCACACGUGUGUAA